AUGGACUUGGAGGCGCAGAUCGAGGAGAUCUCGUCAUCGGCCAAAUUCGGAGACCUGAUCGAGUACACCUCCCCCAUGGGCUUCUCGCACUGGGCCGUGUACGAUGACGACGGUCAUGUGAUCCACUUUGCGCUGGCAGAGGAGGGCCAGCUGAUGUACAACAUCCGCACCUCCAUCCAAUCGCUGCUCCCGGUGCCCGGCGACAUCCUGCUGGGCACCACCAUCAUCCGCCGAACGCCGCUGGGCGAGAUCAAGGUCGCCAGCGGCGGCCAAAUCCUGAUCGGCAACGACCGGCACGCGUUCGAGCCGUCCUCGCCCGAGGAGAUGCGGCGGCGAUGCCACGCCCUGGAGGGCGAGGAGCUCGGCUACAAUGUCUUGUGGUUCAACUGCGAGCACUUUGCCACCUUCGUGCGAUACGGAAAAUCCGUCUGCAACCAGAUUCCCACCAGUUCUAUAAACGUGGAGACCAAGUCUGCCACAAAAGUGUUCCAGGACAUUGUCGACGCCAAAGCCGCCGCCGACAACGACGACCUAUCAUCCUAG